AUGACCUCCAGCUAUGGGCACGUUCUGGAGCGGCAGCCGGCCUUGGGUGGCCGCUUGGACAGUCCCGGGAACCUCGACAACCUUCAAGCGAAAAAGAACUUCUCGGUGAGUCACCUGCUCGAUCUAGAGGAGGCCGGUGACAUGGUGGCCGCCCAGGCGGAUGAAAGCGUUGGAGAGGCUGGACGGAGUCUGCUGGAGUCUCCCGGACUGACCAGUGGCAGCGACACUCCACAGCAAGACAAUGAUCAGCUGAACUCAGAGGAGAAAAAGAAGAGAAAGCAGAGGAGAAAUAGGACCACCUUCAACAGCAGUCAGUUGCAGGCAUUAGAAAGAGUCUUUGAGAGGACACACUAUCCCGAUGCUUUUGUACGAGAAGACCUUGCCCGAAGAGUUAACCUCACUGAAGCCAGAGUUCAGGUGUGGUUUCAGAACCGAAGAGCCAAGUUUCGCAGGAACGAGAGAGCCAUGCUGGCUAAUAAAAAUGCCUCCCUCCUUAAAUCCUACUCAGGGGACGUGACUGCUGUGGAGCAGCCCAUUGUACCUCGUCCUGCUCCAAGACCCACCGAUUAUCUUUCCUGGGGAACAGCCUCUCCGUACAGCGCCAUGGCUACUUAUUCUGCUACAUGUGCCAACACAAGCCCUGCGCAGGGCAUGAACAUGGCCAACAGCAUUGCCAACCUGAGACUGAAGGCAAAGGAAUAUAGUUUACAGAGGAACCAGGUGCCAACAGUCAACUGAGAAAAACAAACUAAAACAUUCAAAAACAAACCUAAGAAGAAACCAGAAACAAAGUUAAAUAGAAAACCACCAUAAGAAUCCUAUCUUGCUCUGUCUACUGCUUCGUCUGCUGGAGAAAACAAACAGACAGACAGACAAAGAAUGCAGAACUAAAUAAAUAUUGGGACCAUAGCAGAGAAAAUCAAGAGAGGAGGAAACUGAAAAAAAAUUAACAAAUAUUUCCCCUCCCUUUGGGAUAUCACUAUCAUUUGUUCCCAUGUUUGAUUAUAUUUGUUUCCACAAUCUAUGCUUUGCUCAAUAUAAUGCAAGCUUCUUCAGCUAUGUCCACCCCAUGCCCCAUUAUCCUAAGUUUUUUUAAAAAAUUCAUAACAGCAGAACUAUAUAGACAUGCAGAAAAGAGUGCCUAGUGUCAUAUCGCUGAUCCAUCUUGAGUCUUAGUGCCUUCCCUGUCCUCCUGUCCAGCUCAGUGUCUAAAAAGCUCAGAGGGCUCUCAAGAUUGCCAAAGCCUUUCUAAAGUGCCUGCCUGCCUCCCCAGAGACCUGACCCACUCCUUGAUUCUCUCUCUAAUGUGUGAGCAGGUUUUUUGAGGUAGCUUUUAGAAAAUAGCAGCAAUGCCCAAAGCAGGUCAUUAGCCUAUCCCAAUCUCUUCCUACCUGGCUGAUUCAGAGCACUAAGCCUUAUUUAAAACAUUGACAUCAUAAUACAUGACCCAUCCAAACCCCAAAAUAUCAGCCAUUCUGGGUUUAGAAGACUCCAUAGCCAUUUUGAAGAAAGGAAGUACUCUAUAUUCAAGAGAGAUGGAAAACUAGCCCUGGACAGAAUCAGAAACUGAGAUCUGUUACUGG